GGGGAAGUGCCAAGCUCGAAAGAAAAGGACUUGCACAAAGAGCUUCAUGAAAUUUCAUGACCGCCACUUUGUCCGACUCCUCUUUUUGAUGACAGCCUACAUUACAUACCUACAUAGUAAAAUACCUUGGAUAGCAUUUUAUCUUUACAUUCAAGUGAUUGAUUUGCGAUCCAUCGAAUACCUGUUUUCCAUCGUUGUUGUUUGCUGCUUCAUCUAUCUGCAUGGAACUUGGGCGUUGCGCUAUCUGACCUUUACCUUCUUUUCCCUUCUGUCUACGGUACGUUAUUUCCGUUAUGAUAUGUCCCCUGUUCGUCUUAGAUGACUCUUGGAACUUGGCAGAAAUCUUUUUUUUUCUUCUUUUUCCAUCCCAUACUUUCGAUACCUGCCCUUCGUCGUCUACCCCCCCAAUCCCUAUCAAUACGAUGACAAUAACAAUAAUCUAAUCUGUAUUAGCGACAGCACCUUUUACGACGUUAC